AGUAGCAAGUCAGCUGCUGACGGUUCAAACCAGUUGUCACACACGCGAGAAGGUGAGCGACACAAAUCUGAGCGAUCAAAGAGCAUUCAACUGAUGGUUCAUGAAAAUGGAUGGGCUAUCAUUUUACCAAAAACAAUUCCUGCAAGCUGUGUAUCCAAACCAGAUAACAUCUGAGACUGACCUUCCUUGCCUUGAUGGAACUGAAAAGCUGAGAAAUGCCAAGACUCCGGAGGACAUUAAAACAGACGGAACGGUCCUUGGGGAACUCAUCCUAGAGGAAGAAUUCACCCUGAGCCCCAAAUUAUGGGCGUCUCGUGACUGGAGAGCCUUUAAGAAAGUGUUGUUAGAGAAGCAGAAUGGCAUAGAGGCUAGAAAGAGGGUGGAUGUAUUUGAUAUUCAGCUUGGAGAUUCUGGGGAGUGCAAAGCAAUGGUGGUGGGGUACAGAGAAGCAGUUCUCCAAGUAAGGAGGGAGAUUUCUGAGUUUCUGGAAAGUCAGGUUCCCACGAAGGAGCUGGUGCCCUUCGGGGUAGCUAAAGACCGUCUGCUGCGGCUUUUCAAUGAAAAGCUGAAUCUGGAAGUGGUCGGUUUGAAAUACAAACGGCAGAAGUUAGGAAUCGAAAUCAGUGGGACCAAAAAUAAUGUGGCUAGGGCUUUAGAAGUGAUCGAUAGGGUUACCAAGAGAGUCUCCCAAACAAACCAUUCCAGAAAUGUGCCGAUUCAGAUCUACAGAUGCUUCCAAACCUUUGAGGGAAUGAACAUCUUUAUCUGCUUGGGUGACGAUAUUGAGAGUCUUCAGUCCGAAUCAAUUAUUCAAGAAGGUGCUAGACUGGGUGACCUACAACUGGAGGUGCUUGAUGAAAGGCCAGAGGUCACGCUGGCCGCCCAUAAGAGAUUGACUGGGCAAGGGAAGCUACAAAGUGUCAUCACCCUCCAUUGGGGUAAUAGUAGCACUAUUUGUGAAAGUGAUAGUGCCGCCCUGCUGGAGAGUUCUAUAACUCUCGCUCUAGAGUACCUGGAGUCCCAUGGCCUGCAGUCAGUCGCUAUGUGUUGCCCGCUCGCUAGGGGGCAGUGUGUGCCUGGCGAACCUGAAGUUUUGGUGUCUGCUCUGGAGAUGUUUUGUAGAAAGCGUUCCUUCUAUAUUUCACAUCCUCUCUCAGUGUUCCUGGUCUGCCACAAGGAAUCGGCCUGCAAGCUGGAGAGAAGCCUGGGGCUCCGGUGGCCACUACCCCCCCAGAGUGGUUUGGAUGUUAGAGAGAGGAUCUUGACAAAGCUGGUGUGUGGGGAUUUAGAGGAAAAUAAGUCCGCAGUGCUGGUCCUUGCUGUCACAGUUUCAGAAGAGACGCACAAUAUCCAGUGCUCCCAGUUCAUUCCACACACUCCCAGUAAGGCACUAGAGGCGGUACUGGAGCUGCAGUCGGUGGACCUGUCCCUCAGGAGCACACUGCGAAGAGGGGAGGCUGUCCUCGUUCCAUGCUUGGUGGAGGGGCUUCUCCCUUGUCAGUAUUUAUACCUUGUGGACAUCGAAGAGGAUUUGAAAGACCCAGCCGAGGUGCUGAGGAGCCUGGUUGAUCAGUGUCUCCGGCUGUGUCAGGGUUCUCUCCUCUCCUCCGUGGUUUUCCCUGUGUUGGACCUCCUCAGAUUUGGGGUGGGGGUGUCACAGACAGUGGGGUGGCUGGAAGAGGGGGUGAGGAGGUUUGAGAGAGAGCACCCAUCGCCCAGGUUGGAGUCUGUGAGCCUGCUCCUGAACUUGGACCCGAUGGAUCUACACACAGUGGUGAACGAUAUUGAAGGACCCUCAGAAAUCUUUGGGACGUGUUUCACAGAUGACCCUUAUUUUAUUCAAUACCUUAAAGAUGCUGGGGAGGGUUUGAAAGAAAUGACCAGCAAACUCCUGGUUGCAGGUUUGAAGAUCAGGCUAUCUCGGCAUACUCAUGGACCAUGCUUUCUGGUAACUCCUAAUCCAUCUAGCCACCACACAUCGGAGCAGUGGAUAAGGUCACUUGGAGAUACCUACAACACUGAGAGGCGAAGGUACUCUGUGAGAUAUGAUCAACUCUCCAACUGGAUCAGCAAGCCCAGUUGUGCUCCCACGCUGAAGGAAGUAGGUUCCAUAGCUGUGUAUGGUGAAGGGGAGGUCGUGGUUGGUUUAAAUGAAGAAGUUGAGGAGUUGUACCAAGCUAUGGGUUUCUACCAAGAGGCAGUAAAGGAAUGCUGCAGUAAAUUAUGGAGUCCCAACACAGCUCUGAUGGUCUUUGGAGCUCUGCAGGAACAGCUGGCUAGUCAGUUCCCUGAGGUUCUAGCUUCACCUUCUGUUGAUCCCAUGAUGAGCCACUCUUGGUUCAUCUUUGAAGGCCCACGUGAAGAUGUCACCUUAGCCAUGGAGUUUUUCCACCAGGAAACCUCUGAUUCGCUGAUCUCCGUCACAAUUGACGAGAAGCUUUUAGGGUACCAGUCUGUCUUUUUAGGUGAGUUGGAUCUGGAAGCUUUGACAAUAGAGCUUUUCCAGUCCAGAGGGAUCAGUGCUACUUUGCAACAUCGUGAAGCUUCUGUGGUUAUGUAUGCGCAGCCUCUUGAGGAGACUGGAAGAGCUAUCAAUGUGCUGAAAGAGAUUUUACAAGAAACUGGUAUUAGGAUCAACCAGGCAAACCUGGCAGCCACUAAAGACGAGAAUUGGGAGGACUUUUUGGACGAGGUCUAUAGCAGGCUUAAUAACGGUGGGCAGAAGAAGUUGAACUUCUAUAACUUGCUGAAUGAUAAUGGAGACACUGACCUAGUGGUCUUGGUAGGCUUCAGAACAGAAGUCCAAGCUGCCCAACGCUUGAUCAGUCACUAUCUGCACAACAAAAGUCAAACCAGGAGGACAUUGACCUUUCGUCAGGAGCAUUUAGUCCAGGCAGGAAGUCAGCUUCUAGAAAUUAUGGAAUGGGAGACUUCCAUAAAUGUUAAGGUGGAGGUGAGGGUUGCAGGGGGAUCCUGGCUGGAGGUGACGCUGUGUGGAAGCCGAGAGCAGGUGAAAUGGGCCCAGCCUUUCAUUAAGAAGGACCUGGAGGCUCUGAUUCAAAAGACAGUGAGGAUAACAGAGCCUGGGGCUGUCAGGUUCUUCCAGGAGGAGACGGGCACGCAGCUCCUCAAGGAGACUGGAAUGAGAGAGCAGUGUCUGAUUCUACUGAGGGAGGAGACAGCAGAGGGCUUUACCACCACACAGAACGAAUCGCCUGAACGGGAGAUGAGACCAGAAGCUGCAGUGCUGCAUCAUCAAGACGCUGCUGAGUUGCUGCUGAUUGGCAGACUGGAGGGUGUUGAGAGCGCGGCGGCUUCUGUCCAAUCGCACUUCCAGUCGACUCAGACCCUGCAGUGCCUGCGAGACCCCCGCCUGUGUGAGCUGACCCCAGAGCAGCUGCAGGAAGUACAGAGUCGACUCGGAGUCAGGCUGCGUCUGAGUGAGGGAGCUCUGACCAUUCAGGGACCCCAGGACCACGUCACCCAGGCAAAGACACACAUUGAGUGGCUGCUGGUAGAGGUUCUGCAUCAACUGUCCAAUUACCUGUCUGGAUACUUGACGAGCUGUGAGAUAUUGAAGAAGUUUCAGCAGUGGGAGCUCCAACAGAGCCCAAACACACAGCAGGAGGAGAGGAUGGAGCUUGAAGAGAAUGAACUCCCUGAAUCAGACGAAGAAGUAGAGGAGCAGCAGGGCGACCAGAGAGAAGAGAAACAAGCCUUCAGCUGGUUAAGCAGUUACCUGUCAGGCAUCUUCACUAGUGCAAAGCUGCUAGAUGCUCAGCCCUUCCCCUGCAGUGUGAGUGAUUGCCCUUCUGAUGCGAGCUGGACAGAGACUGAGGAGUUAAAAGAGCUGGAGCAAAGCCCAGGUCUACAGCUCAACAUGAACACAGAGCUUCAGGAGACCAGAGCUCCCAGUACAACAUCCCAGCAGGGCUCCCAGUCCAUAGACAAGAAGCAACCCAGCCUCCCAGCUGCAAAGCCAGCCUACCAGUUAACUGACAAAAACACAGUGUUGAGCGAGAAACCUCUUCCCACUAGAGUUAAUGAGACCAGAGCUCCCAGUACAGCAUCUCAGCAGGGCUCCCAGUACAUUGAGAAGAAUACUCACCAUCCCAGCCUCCCCACAAUAGAGCCAGCGUACCAGUUAACUGAGAAAAACACAGUGUUGAGAGAGAAACCUCUUCCCACUAGAGUUAAUGAGACCAGAGCUCCCAGUACAACAUCCCAGCAGGGCUCCCAGUCCAUAGACAAGAAGCAACCCAGCCUCCCAGCUGCAAAGCCAGCCUACCAGUUAACUGACAAAAACACAGUGUUGAGCGAGAAACCUCUUCCCACUAGAGUUAAUGAGACCAGAGCUCCCAGUACAGCAUCUCAGCAGGGCUCCCAGUACAUUGAGAAGAAUACUCACCAUCCCAGCCUCCCCACAAUAGAGCCAGCGUACCAGUUAACUGAGAAAAACACAGUGUUGAGAGAGAAACCUCUUCCCACUAGAGUUAAUGAGACCAGAGCUCCCAGUACAGCAUCUCAGCAGGGCUCCCAGUUUAUUGACACAAAGCAUCCCAGCCCCCCCACAAUGGGGCCAGCCUUCAUGUUAACUAAGAACAGGGCUCCCAGUACAGCAUCCCAGCAGGGCUCCCAGUACAUUGAGAAGAAGACUCACCAUCCCAGCCACCUCACAAUGGAGCCAGCGUACCAGUUAACUGAGAAAAAAACAGUGUUGAAGGAGAAGCUAGUCUCAGCUACAGUCAAAAAGAACAGGGCUCCCAGUACAGCAUCCCAGCAGGGCUCCCAGUACAUUGAGGAGAAUACUCACCAUCCCAGCCACCUCACAAUGGAGCCAGCGUACCAGUUAACUGAGAAAAAAACAGUGUUGAAGGAGAAGCCAGUCUCAGCUACAGUCAAAAAGAACAGGGCUCCCAGUACAGCAUCCCAGCAGGGCUCCCAGUACAUUGAGGAAAAUACUCACCAUCCCAGCCACCUCACAAUGGAGCCAGCGUACCAGUUAACUGAGAAAAAAACAGUGUUGAAGGAGAAGCCAGUCUCAGCUACAGUCAAAAAGAACAGGGCUCCCAGUACAGCAUCCCAGCAGGGCUCCCAGUACAUUGAGGAGAAUACUCACCAUCCCAGCCUCCCCACAAUAGAGCCAGCGUACCAGUUAACUGAGAAAAACACAGUGUUGAGAGAGAAACCUCUUCCCACUAGAGUUAAUGAGACCAGAGCUCCCAGUACAGCAUCCCAGCAGGGCUCCCAGUACAUUGAGGAGAAUACUCACCAUCCCAGCCUCCCCACAAUAGAGCCAGCAUACCAGUUAACUGAGAAAAACGCAGUGUUGAAGGAGAAUCCAGUUUCAGCUACAGUCAAAGAGAACAGGGCUCCCAGUACAGCAUCACAGCAGGGCUCCCAGUACAACCAGCCCACAAACUGUCUACCCAACAGUGGACAUGCUCUGGUAUCUGGCUUUGCUGUUCCCAGUUGCAGUUUCUUGUACACACAACCAGCAUUAAAACCUGCAGCCCAGUCCUUCCGUUGCAGUGUGUGCGAUCGACACUUCGACACCAAGCAAGGGCUCAGCUCACACUUCACACAGAUGCACACCCCCGAGGGAAGAAGCACCUGUCCAGACUGUGGGAAAAACAGCACCAAGAGUGGGAUUACCCGGCACAAGUGCCAGGGCAAGACAGGGACUGGAGAGUCCAAGGAGUCUCGUCCACUUUCCUGCAAGCGAGAGCUUAAACUGAGCCCAGACUGUCAGUUUAACAUGAACACAGAGUUUGGGGUGAUCAGUACUCCCAGCACAAAAACCCAGACGCAAUUCCAGUCCAACCAGUCCACAGACUGGGACAUGCUCAGCUAUUUAAACAGAGACGAUGCUCAUUUAUCUGGUAUCUUAGCAAUUGCUAAAGAUCUUGAUGCUGCACAUUGGAGUUCCUCGUUCACACAACCAGCAUUGAAACCUGCAGUCCAGUCCUUCCUUUGCAGUUUGUGCUGUCGCUCAUUUGGGUCCCAACAAGGCCUUAGCUUACACCACACACUCAUGCACUCUUCUGCUGGACGGGCCACAUGCCCCUUCUGUGGCAUGGAGAGCACCAAGGGCGGGAUCACACGGCACAAGUGUAAGGGCAGAUAGAGGGGGUGCAUACCAUCGUCUACACUACAGCAACUGGAAUUAUGAAUCAUUACUCAUUACCUCCAUGCCCGCUAUUUAUACCAUAUGGGCUUAGGAGUGGCUGGUUUUGUUAUCUUACUAAUUAUCAAUAGAAGUUAGCCUUUCACCUGUUAGACCACUCAAGUACAGCCAACCAUGUUUACAAGGUUAAUGUUGUUAAUUGUUUAUCAUAUUUCAUUCCAUACAUUUCUGCAGAUGCUUUAUCCCAUGAUUCCAAACACAUUUGCAUCCUACACUCUCACCAAUUUAAACCAAAUUAAGAUGCAGUUUGUUUUACAGUGAAUGGAUAAUAUUAUUUGUAAAAAAAAUGGCCUUUAAUUAGAAACAGUCCAAAAUCUGUGGGGAAAAUAUGCAAAAAAAAAAACUGCAUACAUUUUCAGUAGAUAUCUGGAUAGUGUUCUGAGGAGCAUCUUCUGUGUUUAUGCGAUUUUGGAGGAAUUCAGUUAUCCGCAGAUUUGGACUGCCCUGUCUCCUGGAAUAUUUCACAAGAUGGGGUUCCUUUUAACUAAGCCUUGCAUUAACUAGCCUUGAUCAACUGCAGCUGGUCCAUAAUACAACACGGUUCACCUAUAACUCCACUGAUCAGACCGCCUACAUAUCCAAUGAUUGGCUCCACUAUACAUCCGUCCGCGCCUACAUAUCCAGUGAUUGGCUCCACUAUACAUCCGUCCGCGCCUACAUAGCCAAUGAUUGGCUCCACUAUACAUCCGUCCGCGCCUACAUAGCCAAUGAUUGGCUCCACUAUACAUCCGUCCGCGCCUACAUAUCCAGUGAUUGGCUUCACUAUACAUCCGUCCGCACCUACAUAUCCAAUGAUUGACCUACAAUAUAUCAGUCCCUUCUAAAAUGUCCCUUUUGUAAAUAUGUAUUAUUAUUUUUUAUGAAUUACAAAGUAUAUACGUAAAUGCUGCCAAACUAUUUUUGAAAUGUUAGGCAAUAAGUAAGAAUAUAUAAUUAUUAAUCCCCUUUUAUUAUUAUAUAAUAUAUUAUUACAUAAUUUCCAAGUGCCUUCCAAUAUUUCAGAAGGAUCAUGCUGAUUGAAAACAAAGAACAUCAGCUGUUUUUACUAAAUGAUAAAUAUUCAGAGAUUCUAAUAAUACUACUACUAAUAAUAAACUUUACUUUCAUCACUA